ACAUUCGGUCUUUUUUUUAAAGAUUAAAUAUAGCUAUGAAUUACAGUUGAUAAUAAUACAAUGAAGAAGGUACGAAAUACUGGAGGACAAAGCAGCUCAAAGACAGCAAAGACGACCAGUCAGUCAACUGUGGCAAGACCCGUGCCCCACAAAGUAUGCUCCUCACAACCUUCCCAUUCACUAGACGCCAAGGCGAGGCCGCCAUUAAAAUCCAGGAUAUCUUCUUUCGAGGCCAACAAAACAUCGAAAUUCCCUACAAAACAGAAAGCCACAAAAGGUUGUACCUCAUUAGAGAAUAAUGGACGAGUAAAAUCGGGUUCAACAAAACUGCCGGAAUUCGACACUCUGUACGCUCAGAUAAAACAGUAUCUGGAGAUAAAGAAGUCGGCUUCGAAAUCUCAAUUUGACGACUCAGAAAAGGACGUCAGCCAAUCUGCUCAUUUCGUUUUAUUUGGUGAUGUUACUAAACCUCUCCCCAAAACAUCGAAAGUAGUUCGAAUAUUCACAAGCAGUACAUUUACAGACACCAUGCUGGAACGGAACAUGCUUCUAGAGGAAACGUAUCCCAGAAUAAAACUGUUUUGUCAGAGCCGAGGUUACGACUUCCAGGUGGUGGACAUGAGAUGGGGGGUCAGGGAUGAGUCUACAGAUGACCACAUGGGUACAGAGCUGUGUCUAAAGGAACUGACCCAAUGUCGAGACAUGUCUACUGGACCAUUCUUUGUUACAUUAUUAUCACAUAAGUACGGAUACUGUGCACUGCCGAGAGAAAUAGACGCCUCAGAGUUUGAGAAGCUUUUGAACUGUGCCCAAGUUGAGAAGAAUACUGCAUUGUUAAAGAAAUGGUACAUUAGGGAUGACAACUCUGUACCUCCGGUAUACGUCUUGCAGUCCAUCAGCAAAAUCUUACCAGAAUUUCUUUCGCCAGAAGCCGAUAAAAAAUUGGCAGCCAAGUCAAAAUGGUGGGAGGAUAACGAUGCUAUGCAAGGAGCUCUUUAUGAAGCCGCUAAAAAGGCAGUAGGAGAAACGGAAGCUGAGAAGUACGUCAUUUCCGUCUCUGAAAAAGAAGUAAAAGCUGGACUACUGGAUGUAAAGGAUGCAAACAAACAUUGUUUAUGGUUCAAAAGAAAUAUACGGGGGAUUGACAAAGCUGGGUCAUCUAGACUUGUUUCUAGAUUUACAGAAUGCUUGGGCCCAGAUGAGAAAAUUAAGAAGGCAAAGAUGAUGUUGAAUGACUUGAAGGAGAAGAAAAUCCCAAAGGUCCUCUCCCCUGAAAACAUCUGUUCCUAUGAUAUUGACUGGACAGAAAAAGGGAUUGACCAAGAAAACACCCAACACAAGGAGUACCUUAGGAAAAUGACUUCUGAUUUUGAGACACAUAUCUGUCGAUUAAUAAAAGCUGGAAUCGAAGAAAGAGAACAAAGCACAUUCAAAAACAACGCACUGUUUGAGGAAUGUCUUCAACACCUUAGAUUUGCUCAUGAAAAAUCCGAAAAUUUCCAUGGUCGUGGCCAUAUCAUGAAGAAAGUAGAAUCCUACCUGAACAGCGAUGACGAUGCUCCACUAGUUAUCCAUGGCGAGUCUGGCUCUGGUAAGACCUCCAUUAUGGCCCAGACAGCCAUGAUGACCGACUCCGCCGUUCAGGACACGGUGGUUGUCAUCAGAUUCAUUGGGACUACUCCCAGGAGCUCCAAUAUAAAUUCCCUGCUGAGAAGUAUUUGUCACCAAAUCAAAACUGUUUACGGCGAUACAUCAGUAACUUCAGAGGAGCCAAAGGAGCUUGUCUUAGAGUUUCAGAGAUGUUUGCAAGAUUUACCGACGAAAGACAAAGAGCUUCUCCUUCUUUUAGAUUCGAUGGACCAGCUAGAUACUUCCCAUCAGGGUCGACAGCUUGGAUGGAUGCCAAGCUUUGUACCACAGCAUGUCAGAAUUAUAGUGUCAACCUUGGAGGACGAGAAAUAUGAAUGUUUCCCCUCCAUCAAAUUUCUGUAUCCGUCGUCAGAAAAUUAUAUUGCUGUGGAAAAAUUACCAGAAGUUGAUGUGAAAAGUAUUGUCGACUCUUGGUUAAAAGGAAAACACAGGACGCUUACAGAGUCACAGAGAGACUUGUUACUGCGGUCGUUUGAUGAGUGUCCACUUCCGCUGAAUCUGAAGUUGUCAUUUGAUGAAGCGUGUAGAUGGACAUCAUCAGCAACGCAAGAUUCUACCAGACUGCAAACCACAAUACGGGACAGCAUCAAUCGUCUCUUCUUCCAGUUAGAGAGAAUGCAUGGUGAACUUUUUGUAUCAAAAACACUUGGUUACAUUACAGCUGCAAAAAGUGGCCUCUCAGAAGGAGAAAUAGAGGACAUUCUAGCCUGUGAUGAUGACGUACUUAAUGACGUAUAUACUUACUGGACGCCUCCUCUUCGUCGUCUGCCUCCAUUACUUCUACUUAGACUUAAGGCGGAUUUAAGUGAAUAUAUUGUUGAGCGAGGUGCUGAUAGGUUGACCGUGAUGUACUGGUACCACAGACAGUUUAUACAGGCAGCACAAGACCGCUAUUGUCGAGAAGAGCAGAGGCUACACGCAGCACUGGCCGACUUCUUCAGUGGAACAUGGUCCAAUGGUAAAAAGAAACCAUACAAAGAUAAGUCUGGAAAAAUGUCAGAGGCGGACAGGUUUGUCUCAACACAGCCACUGAUGUUUGGAAGUUCAUUCAAUGUACGGAAGCUGAAUAACUUACCUUAUCACAGAAUCAAAGCUGGUCAGAUAGAGAUGGCUAAGAAAGAGAGCUUGUGCAAUUUUAGAUUUAUGUUUUGCAAACUACUUGCCACGUCCUGCAGCAAUCUACUGUCUGAUUAUACGCUUUCUACUGAAAAGACCAGUGACAAAGAAAUUUGUAUAAUCAGAGACACGCUACAGCUCUCUGAGCAUGCGCUUAUCUUUGACAAAAUGCAACUUGUGCCACAGUUGAUUGACAGGCUUUCAUCAGAGAAGAUUGCCGACUCCUUCCUGACUCAGCUGAAGGACUACCCCUUUAGCUACUUGCUACCCUAUCACAAUAUAUUAAUGAAGCCCGGAGGGUCCUUAGUCUACUCGUUAUCGGGUCACACUAAAGAGCUGAGAGCUGUGGAUAUGAAACAGGAUGGUUCAACCGUAGUUAGUUGUGCAAAUCGCCCUGAUAAUAGCAUCAAGCUUUGGGAUGUUAAAAACGGAAAGCUGAUCAAAUCAAUCGAGAACGUUACUGGAAUAGCGGUUAAAGUGUUCUUUAUUUGUAACGAUUCGAUGAUCUUGGUCCAUUUCGUUCAUAAACUCGUUGCAAUUAAAGAAACUGGAGAGGUUGCAUAUACAAUCUCUAUCCCAAAGGAGAGAACUCUUUUGUGUCCAGCGAACAAAGGCAGGGUUGUCUUUCUUGUUUUCCAAGACAAUACCAUAGACUGGUACGAUGCCCGUACUGGGAAGAAGACGGACACGAUUAAAUGUCAGGAAGGUGUUCAUUUCAGCGAGACGGGUGUAGCAGUCGGCUCUAAAUCAUUAGUGGCCGCUACAGUGGAACCACGGGAGAAAUUCAUUGUGUUUGAUCUAAUGACAAAGAAGGUGUCGCUGUAUAAUGUUCCGUACCCAGAGAAGGUUAAACGACGUCAUAUCAUCAAGUCUCUAGCAAUAAUGCCAGAUGAGAGGCACGUCAUAUUUUCCAUCCGAUUCGACAAUGAUAUCAGAUUUCUAGACACCGCUACCAUGAAAGAGGAUAGGUGUAUUGAAGGUGAUCGGAAGGAUUUGACAUUAGGACAAUUUGUCCUUUCCCCUGAUGGUUUGGAACUCUUCUACCAAGUGGGCCAAAAUGUUUGCACAUGGAAUCUUAAAGAAGAAAAGUUCAAAUGGACAUUCCUUCACCCGGGAGUUGUCCUGGGUCUAGCAUCCACAGACUGGAAAACCAUGGUUACAAUUUCGAAUGAUCCAAUCUUGAGAGUGUGGGAUCUAACCAAGAAAAUGAAAGACGUCCAAACAAAUAAAGUUAAACAUCUUGCUCAUAUGUAUGAUUAUGGCCCUGUAUCAAGUCCGCGUUAUUUACUUGGGCUUGCUCAGUUGUUCAUGAUGGGCCGUCGAAUGAAGGGAGAGGACGAAGAUUAUGCUGUUGUGGCCAUUGACUUGGCAACAAAAGAUGUAACCAGAAAGUGUCAGAUGAAUGAGAAACCACGCUUGUUUGAAGUUCUGAAUGAUACUGAAGUUAUCUUAUGCUCAUCAGACCGGAAGUUGAAAAUCCUCAAUAUAGAUAAAAUGGAAGUAACAAGAAGUUUUCAGGGGAAAAUGUUCCAGCACAUUCCGUUUACUGGAUAUGGAUACCUAGAAAUUGCUGUUUUGAGAGACAGAGGAGAACUAGUUACCGUAACAAAAGGAAGGAAACACUUCAAAAUUUACGAUAUUGGCAGUGGGAUGACGAAAUCAAUCAUCAAAGUCCCUUCUAAAGACGACUGCAGACUCAAAGAAUUAACGGCUUGUCAUGAUGGUUCAGUAGUUAUUGCUCACAGCACAACGAAUCAGUUCUUUAUACUGGACAUGGAUUGUAAAUCCCUGACUGUUAUCGGCGAAUCUGAGUUGAAAUGUGUACGAUUAUGUGAAUUAGUACAUAUGACAUCCUCUGGAAAUAAUGCAUUGUUUAUAGCCAAUUUUGUACAGGAUGGUCCAUGGGAAUUUCAGCUGCAUAAAGUGAGGGAAAAGAAAGUUGGAGUUAGACUCAGAGAUAACGGCUAUCCACAGUCUUCGAUGCAUGCAUUACGGGCUUUCAAGUUUGCCAUUCCAAAUGUCAGGAGCAUAGAGGAUUGGGGAUUUAUAACGUCAUACCUCGAUAAUGUUAUCAGAAUAUGGGAUGCAGAAAAAGGUACCAUUUUGCAUCGGUUGAGUGGACAUGCUGUUCCUGUGACUAUACCGCCUCUGAGGAAAGGAGCAAAAUAUUUCAUUACACACAGCAGGCUGAUGGAAGAGAAUGCCAUCCGGGUCUGGAAUGUCAAAACCAUGGAGUGUGUGUCAUCUCUUAAACUAGAUGGAAACGAGAAUAUUUUGGUGGAUUUCUGUGGUGAUCUCAGGUCGCUUUACACUCUCAGAUUCUCACCGGUGAAUGUAAACUAUUUAUCAUUAAAAGGAUUGGGUUGUGAUGUAGACAUUGCACGAUGCCGAGAAUUAUACAAAGGAACUGGACACAGAAUGAUUGAUCUCACUAUACCUACGCCUCACAGCGCAGACGACGAGGAUCCAGACGAUGACCCGGAUGAAGAAGAUGAAUUCGGUGAAGAUUAGAACAACAUGAGAUAUCACCGUUAAAACCGACUCGAAUUUAUUGCAUCUAUAUUCUGAUGAAAGAUCUAUGGGUCAUGUUCUCAAAUGUAAAAAAAUCUUAUUGUUUCUUUUCAUCUGCCACUAUUGUUCCUAAGCACAUGGUCUUGAAAAACCUGUGGGUACUACAUGUAGUGCAUAUAUUCUUGUAUUUCAGUGUAACUAAUUGUAGCACUAGUGCUCUGAAGAAAAUCAUCUAUUAUAGCCAAUUUCUCUGCUCAAGUACUUUGUAAAACUUGACUGUUAUUGUGUCCAAACCCAAUCCCACUGAAUCUUAUCUCCUACUUUAAUGUGAUACUUAGAUGUGCAUUAGAUUUCACGUAGCAAUUAAAUCUUUCAGAUGUUCUUAUAUAUGUGAUCCCUUUUUAAUUCUUCGUAAAUCCUGUAAUAGCAAUCCUCUCGCCCGUGUGCAAUCAAUAUAUAAUUUAUACCCAAAGAGUAUGUUAAAUAUAGGUUUAUCUAAUGUUUUCUAGUUUUUUUAGUGGAUUUUAUUCUCUUGCUACUUAAUUUUCAGAGAUUUUGAAUGUACAUUAUAUGUAAAAGGGUUUUUCCCUCGGGAAUUAAACACACCUGAAUGUAUACUUUUUGAAUAUCAACAUAAAAAGAAAAUCUCAAUCAUCUUCUUUGAAAC